AAAAAGUAAAAGUUUAUAGUGAGGUACACAUUCAAAUUAAAUAAUUAUGGUGUAUCAAUAUUACGUAAAGAUUUAAUAAAAAAUAAGUUUUACUCCUAACUACGUGUGCUAAACAAGUUUGCUGAAAAUCCUAAGUUUUAAAUACAAAAUGUUUCGCAAUUUUGUUAAAGUUUUUGAACCUGUUAAAAAUCAUUUAGUGCGUGCGGUCGCUGGAAACGGGGCUAGUACAGAAGUUGCGGGCAGCGUCUACGAAAAGAAUUGUGUUUCCAAAGAACAACAACUGACAGAUGCAUUGAAAAAGGCUAUGCCGGGAAUCACGUACAUCAGUGUGCAAGAUAUAUCUGGGGGUUGUGGCGCUAUGUUUGAGAUAAGUGUGGAAGCUAAAGAAUUCGUAGGGUUGAACAGAGUGAAACAACACAGAUUAGUAACAGAUUCUCUGAAGAAUGAAAUAGCAGAAAUGCAUGGCAUCCGUAUUCAUACGACGCCGGCCGCCACGCAAUGAGUAUAUUGUUGAAGGGGGAAAUAGCUUCUAAAUUUCCUAAAUAACGAAUUUCUGAAAGAAAAAUAUCUAAAAAUACAGUUAAUGCCAUUAGACAAGUAUACUUAUACUGAAGAUUCGCUUUCAAAAGUAAAAUUCAACCAUUAGCAGCAGAAUUUUUCCAAUUUCUCUUCCAUCAUAAGUAAAUAUGUACUGAGGUUAUGAUUUCAGAUGAAAUGAAUAAAAACACAUUCAUUCACAAGCUCUAAGUGUCUUGGAACAGCAUCACCCAAGCUAAUUCCCUCUCCUCUUUUGUAUUUUUAUUGACCUUUUAUGUACAUAAUUGUUGACAUCAUAAAUUGUUGAUAUGUUGUAGUGAUAGCAAUAAGAAUUUUUGUUGAGUAUCGUAUGAUAUGAUUUGUUGUAUUUGUUAAAAUUUGAAAUUGUAGAUAUAUUCUAUUUGAUCAAAAUAUUUGUUUUGUUUUA